AUGUCCGGUCUGCCUACCCUGAAGAACGAUUCGAUCAACAUCAUCACCCGAGACAUGAAGACUCUGGUGAAGAAAAUCCAGGAUUUGAGGCACAUUGGUAUUGAAGAUGCUAGCAGCAAGAUCGCUCUCCCCAGAAUCUGCGUCAUCGGCGACCAGAGUGCGGGCAAGAGCUCCCUUAUCGAGGGCAUGAGUGAGAUCAAGGUCCCUCGGGCGGCAGGGACCUGCACUCGAUGUCCGAUGGAGAUCAACCUCAGCGAAAGCGAUCCAGGCCAACCUUGGACGUGUCGUGUUUACUUGUCGAGGAAAUACAUGUAUGAUUGGAAUCACCGGGUUGACAAAGUCACGAAGAAAUCACAUCCCUUCGGUCCCUGGCAUGAGCAAAAUCAAGAGGAUGAGCUUUUCAUCACCCUGAGUAACAGAGAUGAUGUCGAGUUGGCCAUCAAAUGGGCGCAACUAGCUAUCUUGAACCCCGGGAGACCGUCCAGCGAGUAUGUUCCUGGGCAGAAUGUUGAAACCGAUGAAGACUACUGUCAGGUCAAGUUCUCCCCGAACGUAGUGCGUCUUGACAUCUCUGCUCCCGCGUUCCCGAAUCUUUCCUUCUACGAUCUUCCUGGCGUCAUCAGCCAGGCUGAACAUGAGAAGGACAAGUAUCUGGUUACCAUGGUUGAGAACCUUGUCAAAGAUUACAUUACUCAGGAGAACUGCAUUGUGUUAUUGACCUUGCCUAUGACCAAUGAUGCGACCAACUCUGCCGCUGCUCGCCUCAUGAGAGAGGUAAAGGGGGCGAAAGCAAGAACCCUGGGAGUUCUCACAAAGCCCGACCGCAUCCAAACCGGAGAAUCCUACAAACAAUGGGUUGAGAUUCUGGAUGGAGACAAAUUCAAGCUUGGCCAUGGAUACUACGUUAUCCGCAACAACCCAGACCCCUCAAUAAAGCAUACUCAGGCUCGCCUAGAAGAAGACGCAUUCUUUGCUUCACAGCCAUGGGCAACGGAUGACCUGUCGGUAUACCAAGAGAAGUUCGGCACCCGAAAGCUGCAGACAGCGCUGUCGAGCCUCUUACUGGACCAGAUUCAAAAGUGUCUUCCCAAGGUGAUGGAACAGAUUGAAGCCAAGUCCCGAAGUAUUGAUUCCGAGCUCCAAACCUUGCCGGAUCCUCCUUCAGCAAGCAGUCCGUUUAUUUUGUGUCAAAUGCUGAACCAAUUCAAGGAGUCCGUUCAAGCGCAUAUAGACGGCGGCUCUGAAAACUACCCGUUAUUGAGGUUGUGGAUUCAUCUAGCAUCCGAUUUCAGAGAGAUCUUGUCAAAAACUCGGCCUACCGUCAACGUGCUAUCUAAGGAUGAGCAGGAGGCAAAAGAACGGAGCAUUCAAGAGAAUGCUGACUCAGAUAUCGAAGUGACUAUGGUGACACCACAGAAGCGCAAGGCCUCCAGUCAUCGUGGUACCCCAGUCCCCAAGAGGAAGACCACGCCGGAACAGGGCAGAAUUCAAGCAUUUGCGAAACACCUCCUGGAUGUUAAGAAGUUUACCUGGGACGAGAUUCGUGCGUGCAACGAAACUGCAUCACGGGGUUGUCUUCCAGAUCAAAUUGACCCAAAGGCGAUUGAGAUACUGAAUCAGCGGAGCCUGGAACAUUGGAAGGCCCCUAUGCUGGCGUUUCUAGAAAAAACCCAUGACCUUGUAAAGAGCCAGCUCUUUGAGCAAGUGGACCUGGUAUUCGCGCAGUAUCAGCGAACUGCUCUCUAUCGCGAGAUUCGGCGAAUCUUGGAGCAAUACCUACAGAAGCUUCAGCAGGACCAUACUAGCUGGGCAGAAGAGGUUUACGAUAUGGAAUACACCAAGCCUUUUACAAUGGAUCGAGUCACACUAGAUCAAGCCACGAAGAAUGCGUUCGAUAUUCUGAUGGCCGCCCGCAACAAGGGUCGGCUUGAGCUAUAUCAGGAGAUCAACAAGCACGUUAAGGGAGAGCAGAACGAAUGUAAGAACAUCAGCCAGAAAACGGCGGACAUAGCGGCGAUGCUCGGCCCGGAUAAUUUCCUCCAAGAAGUGAAAAUGAUGGCGGCCACGCGAGGCUACUACGAUAUUGCCAAUUCUCGAUUCGUCGACACCAUUUGUCAAAGUGUACACACUAAGCUCUUUGCUAAGUGCCGUAACCAGUUGAUCAACGAGAUUCAACAAGAGCUGCAUAUCGAUGACUAUGACAUGGCCGAAAGAUGCUGCGAACUCAUGGCGGAAGAUCCAGAGCGCCAACGUCGCCGACUAGAUCUGCAACGCGAGAAAGAGAAAAUCGCCAAGGCGCAGACAUGGUUGUCGGAAGCCAAGAAGGAAGCGGAGGUCGAAGACGUCUACGAUGAUAUGACGGUCAAAUCGCAGCCCCAGGAUGAUUGGAACCUUUUUGGCCCGACGAUGGAUAUGUCUGUGUAA